ACUGUGAGAUGGAUCCAGUUUCUUCUAGUCAAAAUGUAGACCUUAUACCAUUAUCACAGAGCGACAGAUGGUUAAUAUCUGCACGUAUACUUGACAUGAUCACAUUAACUACUACUGAUACAGGACUUGCAUUUUUUAAAUUUCGUAAAAGAGCCUUAUCAUACGAUGAAUAUUUAACGUAUUUAAAUGAUUUGGCCAAUAAUUACAAUCUAGAUUUGGAAACGAUGAAGCAGAAAAUGCAAACGUGUGGCAGACCUAAACAGACUGCUUCUACAAUUAUGUGAACACUAUGUACAUACAAGCUUUAUUUUUUUAAACAUUUUACAGUGUUCAAUCCUACACCCGUGUUAUUGAUUGUAUUUACACUUGUUUCAUAACAAAUUGAUGUGUUAAAAAUCUUCAGUCAGAAAAGAAAUACUUUUGAUUGAAAAUUUUAAACUUAAAAACGUAACAAGUAGGUGAAUUUAUUUGAAAAUUGUUAUCAUCAUAUAUCAAUACACCUCGUAUCGGACAGUGAAUUAAUUUAAACAUUUUUUUGGUAACAUAGAGCAAGCUGUCUUUACUAAACACGAAAGACGGCUCUCUAUAAACAUAAAACAAUAAAUUAUCAUGUCGAUUUCACAGAUAAAUAAAAUAAAAUAAAAUUGCCAAAAUAAAUACGUUUUACAAUACUUUUCAGUACCGUUGUAUUAUAAGGCACAUGAAUCACAAAAGAAGUCAUGCGUACAACUCUACUUUCAUCUAUAAUAUUUAAUUUCUUUUCAUUACUCAAUUACAAUCAAACUUUCAACAAAUAUUAUAUAGUUGAAAGUAUGACUCUUCUGUGCUUCUCGAAGUAUCAAAAAUAAAUAAUUAAGAAAAAAAAAAACAAU